CACGAAGUGGCAUCUUUUUUCAUUGGACUUGCCAAUGCCCUAAUUCUGGGGAAGCUGUCUCCCUUUGCCACCCAAUUUAGGCUUUUAGCUCGUUGAUCUCAUAUUGGAUUUUGGGCCUUGUCUGCGUUUCCCUUCUCAAAGCCCAAUGGUGAAAAAGUCUAAUCUAACUGUUAAGCUUCGCCAACCCACACGGACGUUCCCAAACUGACGCCCGAAGCAAAAUGAUUUCGCCGGAACGUACUGGAUUUCGCCUUUGCUUCUAAGAGACAGAGUCACCCGGCAAAGAUUAAUCACAAGUUAACGCUCUGAACAAUAAAAUCAAUUCAGAAAAACAACUUUCAUUUUAAAGCAUUCGUUAGAGAAAAUGGCAUUGAUUCCGAGCUUCUUCGGCAGCUCUCGAAACAGCAUCUUUAAUCCCUCUUGGGACCCGUUUGAGGACUUUCCUUUCCCUUCAUUUUCUUCUCAUUUCCUUCAGGGAGCCUCUUCUUUUAUUAACACAAGUGUGGACUGGAAGGAAACCCCGGAGGCCCACGUGUUCAAGGCCGAUCUUCCAGGGCUUAAGAAGGAGGAAGUGAAGGUGGAGAUUGAAGAUGACAGGGUGCUUCAAAUAAGUGGAGAGAGGAACAUACACAAGGAAGACAAGAACGACACUUGCCAUCGUGUGGAACGGAGCAGUGGCAAGUUUUGGAGAAGGUUCAGGUUGCCAGAGAAUGUGAAGAUGGAGGAGGUUAAGGCUUCCAUGGACAACGGAGUUCUCACUGUGACUGUUCCUAAAGUUAAGGUUAAGAAACCUGAUUUGAAGGCCAUUGAAAUUUCAGGUUAAUUCAUCAUUGUCAUCUUCGUCUUGAUCAACUUCAAAAUGUUGUUUGUGUUUGUGUAAAAAUUCGUUAUCUGAUUUGUGUUCAUGAGACUUGUGGGUAUGUAUGUAAACACUUUGUAUUGACUAAAAUUUCUGUGGAGUUUCGGGGAAAUUCCUAGUGUUAUUGCCUAUUGCCGUCCAU